CCGUCAGUCCGUCACCACUCACCAUACUCGUUCACUCACCGACAAUGUCCACUCGCCGCCGAUGCGGCGGUGUAACCGAUGGCGCCGUGAACUCCACCACCAGUUCAUUAACUCACAAACUCCCUUCUGACCUGAGUCAAACCGAUCAUGUCUCCGUUGAACAAACCACAAGAAGUUGUAACGCUAACUCGUCGGAUAAAGUUCUCUCCCUUCACGAAAAGCUUGCGGCUUUACAAGUGAAAACGAAGAGAAUGACUUUAGAUUUAGAAAAAACAAAAGAGAUUAUUGAUUUGAAUAAUCUAGAUACAUCAAAAGUUAUACUUUCCGAUAUUCAAGCUAUCGUUAAUGUUAGUGCUGUUUUUUCCAAUAAUAGUAUUAGUAACAGUAAUGAUGAUAAUGUAUUUGAAGCUUUGAAGCCAAAUAGUUUGGUCAAUGAUAAAGAUUCAACAGUUGAUGAAAGUUCACUGGCAAUGGAGUUUCAUGGUGGUCCUUGUGAUGAUGAGAUUGAAGAAGAAGAAGGUUGGCGUCCAUGGAACAAUGAAAAGAAAGAGAACAAUAACAAAAAUUCAACAGCUAUUAUUGAGAUUGAAAAAGGGUUGGAAAAAGUUUCUGGUUGUUGUCGUUGUUGUAGACUUGAUAUAGAAAAUUAUUAUCCUUGGGCUGUGCUUAAUGAAAUAGAGGACAAAAUUGCUACUGCUGGUUGGUUUGUAUCUCAAAGGGAAGCUAUUCUUCUUGCUCAUGAUGAUGCUUCUUGUUCUUAUUAUUAUGAUAUUGCUAUUUCUCAGGAAAAAUCUGUAUACAAUCCCCCAGAUCCGAUAGCUUCAUCUAGUAUAUGGGGAGAUUGCUGGCUAAUUAGCGUUCAAGGUUUAGAUGGUUGUGCUGAAACAUUUGUAGUUGCUGCUUCAGCCGGCAAUACAACGAAUUCAGGAUUUUGUUCAUGGGAUUUUGACACUCAUGAAGUGAAAGGUAUCCAACUCGAGGUUGGAGCAACGAAUUCUGCUGGUUCUACCAUUUCCAAAGCUAGACAAUGGUGGUAUAAACCAUGUGGACCUCUCAUUAUCUCUACUUGCAGCUCACAAAAUGGUAUGAAAAUUUUUGAUAUUCGCGAUGGCAAGCAAGUGAUGAGGUGGGAGUUUGAGAAGCCUGUUGUUGCUAUGGAGUACUCUAGUCCUUUGCAGUGGAGAGACAAAGGGAAAGUAGUUGUAGCUGAAGCUGAAUCUAUUUCUUUGUGGGAUGUGAACUCACUCAGUACUCAACCUUUGGUAUAUGUUCCUUUUGAUGGUAAGAAAAUAUCUGCUCUCCAUGUGAAUAAUACUGAUGCAGAGCUGGAAGGAGGGGUCCGGAGAAGAGUAAGUUCGUCAGAAGCUGAAGGGAACGAUGGUGUGUUCUGCACCACAGAUUCUAUUAAUAUAUUGGACUUUCGCCAACCUUCUGGUGUUGGCCUUAAGAUACCAAAAGAUUGUAGUGUCAAUGUAGACUCUGUUUUCUCUCGUGGAGAUUCUGUCUACCUUGGGUAUACCAGGUCCACUCGGGUAAAAUUGAAACAGCCACUGAUACAACAAUUUUCAUUGCGCAAACAAGGACUGUUCUGCACUUAUGCUUUUCCUGCAAAACACGAUGCAGAACCAGCCGAUGCAAUCUCCCAAAUUUGGGUUAAUUCGGACAUUGUUAUGGGUGUUUGUGGCGUAGGACUCUAUGUGUUUGAUGCACUGAAUGAUGAUGCAUUAAGGGUUCCAAAUAAUGUUCAAUAUCAUAAGAAUAAAGUUCGCCGGUAUAAAGAGUUCUAUCGUGCUUCGUUUGAUUAUAUGGGAUCCCAUGCUCUUUUGAUAUCAAGAGAUAAACCAGCUAUGUGGAAGCAUGUAACAAUUUGACAGUAAUGCAUUUGUAGUAACUAACCAGAUACAUGAGUUAUAUAAUAUUGCAAAAACAAGAAUUUCCCUUCUAGGCUUAAGGAAAUAUGUUAGGUGUGGAUA